AUGGUGCAGGCUGGGUCUUCGCAGCCCACCUCGGCGACGACGACGAUGACGACGACGACGACGGAAACGGCCAGUGAACCGGCAAAGAAGCUUUCGAACACCGCGAGAGACAGGCUUAGUCACCGUCUUACACCAUUUGGCAACUAUCAUCAGUACUGUACGUCUUGCACUUUGGGACACAGCCCCAUUCCCCCGUGAACUCGCUUGAAUCGGUUGUUCGCUCCGCGCCUUGGGCAUGUCGUUCCGGUCACCGGUCCAGUAGAACGAAGCCUGUGCAAUUCUUCUGUGAACUGAUCGAGCUCUCGUGCUUUGACAGACUCCCAUCGCGCUCAAGUAACGCCCGACGCUCGCCUUUCGCUCCUUCCUCGUUCGCUCUUCUCCAACCAACGGAUCCUCGACCUUGGCUGCAAUGCUGGAAAGCUCACUCUCGAAAGUCUGACUUAUUUGGGUGCAACAAAAGCCAUCGGAAUCGACAUAGACCCGAUCCUCAUCGAGCAGGCCCGUAGUGCCGAAGCCGAGAUACGUCGAGAAAAUCCCACCGAACAGGGGCUCAACGUCGAAUGGCGAUGUCAGGACUUUAUGGCUUCCGACUUCCAGUUCGAGAAGAGCGAUGCCGAUACAAUCCUACUCUUCAGCAUCACCAAAUGGCUCCAUCUCAACCACGGCGAUGCCGCGCUACGCAGACUUUUCAAGGCACUUUACGAAGCACUACCCUCUGGAGCCGAGGAAAAUGGUCACGGAGGCGUGUUGGUGGUCGAGCCUCAGGAGAAAAGUAACUAUCAAUCAGCGGCGAGGAAGAACAAAGUGGGUAGAGUGAGAGUGACAUAUCGACUUGGGGGACAGUGCGAUCUCGCUAACUCGUUGACCCCUGCCGCUCGUGCAGGAUCUGAAGCCGAUGUUCAAGACGCUGGAAAUGUGGCCGCCUUUCAUUGCAGAGCUCGAGAGUGUAGGCUUUCGACUGGAAAAUACGAUCGAGAGGGAAGAAGUAUGUCUGCUCGAAGCUUCCAGCAUUUAAUCAUGUUCCCACGCUAACUCGCUAGGUCCAUUUUGGUCCAUUAGGGUGGUUUCUCGCGACCGCUAAUGGUUUGGAGGAAGUGA